AUCGACAGGCCGCCGAACAGGUACGAGCAAGCCCAAGCGCCUUGACAUCGGAUAUUCUACGGAUCACCUUUUUAUACCCUUAUUUUCCGGUGCUUUACUUUUCCCGAUUUCCCUUUCCGUUUGAACUCCAGAUCGUCCGCGAAGAUGGCCGCGAGAGCACCCGUUGGAGGCCGACCCGGCGCCAGAUUCGCUCAGUUCAAACUUGUUCUCCUUGGGGAGUCUGCUGUUGGAAAGAGCUCUCUAGUCUUGCGCUUUGUGAAGGAUCAAUUCGAUGAUUAUCGGGAAUCGACCAUCGGCGCGGCUUUCUUGACCCAGACCAUUUCACUCGAUGAGAACACCACCGUGAAAUUCGAAAUAUGGGAUACUGCUGGCCAGGAAAGAUACAAGUCGUUGGCCCCGAUGUACUAUCGCAAUGCAAACUGCGCAGUUGUAGUCUAUGAUAUUACCCAAGCGUCUUCCCUCGACAAAGCAAAAUCAUGGGUGAAGGAGCUCCAACGACAGGCAAACGAAAAUAUCAUCAUUGCUUUGGCCGGAAACAAACUUGAUCUUGUGACAGAUAGCCCAGAUAAACGCGCUGUUCAAACCGCUGAUGCUGAGGCUUAUGCGCGCGAGGCUGGGUUACUCUUCUUCGAGACAUCAGCAAAAACGUCAACUAAUGUGAGAGAACUAUUCACUGCCAUCGCAAAGAAACUGCCCCUGGAUCAAGCGGGCCCACGGAAUCUUCGAUCGAACCCUCGCCCAGGAGUAGAUUUACGACCGGAAUCCGCCAAUACCCAAGCUGGAGGAUGCAAUUGCUAGAUCGGUGACCAGGUUGUAGUUCGCAAUGCACUUCGUUUCACGUCUCCCCAUCCACCUCCGGACGUAUCUAUAUUCCCUCAAGUACCUUUACAAUAUGGCAACUUGGAUUUACUAGCAAGCCUUCCAAGAGGUGCUGGGGCUAUUUUGAAGGGGGGAGAAUCUGUUUCGGCGCACCCAACCAUUUUCUUGCACCAUGUGUGUGCUUCAGUGCUACCCGCUCUUCGCUCCCAUCAGUCCCUAAUACUAUCCCAGUCUAUUUGGCGCUUGAGAACCUUUAGCAUUUAUCGCAUUCUCACUAGACCCUUGUCUAAAUGGCGCCUUACUCCAUGCCUGUGAUUUAUGUCCUGUUCCUGCUUCGGUGUUUUUUGGGGGGGACUUACUGGUCUAAUGUUCUUCAUUCUAUUUUCUUAUGAAUGUGAUUGCCUAUUCUUUUGUGCUUUUCCAGAGGUUGUCAGAUUUGGGCGCAGGAUUUGUAGCUUGUCGUGUUUCUUCUACCACUUU